AUGGUUGGAAUCUCAUACCCGGCAAAAGGAUAUCGACAAAUCGGUGGCCAUCGCCCCUUCUCAACCGUUGAGGUGUAUCACGAUCUUGAGAAUCGGGAGGAUGGACAAUCGAGUCCGUCGAGCUACACCAUCAAUACCUACUCGCCAUCAGUUGAAACCAUAUCCCCCAACAUGCGUUUUGCACCGGCGAACGACUUCCGUAACAACCGGAAUCGCUCAUUCUGGGCUUACUCGGCAACCGUAUUACCCGCAAAUGCGCCGGACGAGGAGAGACUGCUGGCCCAUGCCAGUGAGCAGUACGCGACCCAGAAAGAAGAGAAGGAACGGAAGCCUGGGACAGACCGAGUUGACAAUCUUGGGAAGGCAAGCAACAUCAAAAUCAUCAUCACGGAACCGGAGCCCGUAGCUUCGCGACAUGGCAUAUCUCUCGAAUUCGACCCCCUCCGAUCCCAUCCAGUCGACUUGGAUCGAGGUACCAGCAUCAAGCAGUCAGGAACUCCCCGAACCCUGACUGCGAUCCCCAGAAGCGCAGAGCCCGACAAGACUGCGUCAAAUCGAAAGCACUCAGUCGAUUCGGGUCCUAGGACAGUAGGGACCAGUUCGGCCUCUAGAUCUCAUCGCCAUCAUCAUCUGCGGAAGUCGAGAAGGCCUACCAUCAACAGCGUCAGCGGCAGGCAGGACUUGCGGGCUAUUUUUCAAAACGGAGAAUAGAUGCGGAGAUGGUUUGAUGUCGCGUGGUAUCCUUUGGAAACCGAUGAUGGCGAGUUGGAUUAUGGCGGAUGCGACAUCCAGGUACCGGCGGCAGUUGGUCGCAUUGGAUGAACCUGACGUAGUUGGUGGGAACAGAGCGGAACAUUUGGGGAAAUAGAUCCAGCCCCAGGAGGGGGUUUAAACGUCCCAAACCAUACUAAAUUCAAUUAUGAGCACUGAGCGUGCAUCUCAAGCCAUUCUCCGUGUAGCAAUCACCGUCAUGGUUGUGAGCUGAGAUGUGUUGUUGUUAGUUGUUG